AUGGCCUUAGGCGGAAUUGGUCCCGGCCGGAAGAACGAAAGAUACCGGCAGAGGCUGCACCACCGCUUGUCCCUGGGAGUCUUAGGAGCGGCCCAAACGACCACAGAGCGCCUCGAACCUCUUUCUGAAAUGCUCGCACAUCUCUGGAGCAGGCAAAGGUUGGCAAUAAGCAAGAAGCAAGCUGUACCUAUAAGCGAAGAAGUCAAGCAAGCCUCAACUCGUCUUAAGGAUGGAGAUUAUGCUCCUAGAGCCAAGGCAGUAGCAAGCCUUUUUCACUUUAGUCACUUUUUCAGACCAAGCAUGAUCGAGGAAGGAGGUAACACUAAGAAGGUUCCACCUUCGACACAUAAAAACAAGGCAAAGGAACCGAGUCUUCUUCCUUCUCAUAUACCGUAUAAAAAGAGAGAAAGCCCCUACGGCGAACACGGACCGAUUCCUAUCGAGAAAGCGGACUUUGGCUACAUACCUUCUUACGUAUCAAAUGUGGGGUACCGCACUUCAUCAACGCAUCCGAUCGAGAACUACGAGUGGGGCCGUGAACUCCGCCCCCAACCGCAGGAUUCGGUGGUAAAAGUAACCGGUGAAAGAGUAAACGCCGUUGGAGUUUUAAAGGCAACUGUGAACCCGCUGUUCAAUCAUCCCCAGUUAGAAAGGUAA